CGGUGGACAAUAUCAAGGUCACUUUGAUGUUUCGGCGAUACUUCCUGUCAUCAAGCGAGUGCCGACAAGCAGCGCGUGCCGCCCGCUGUGACGUUCAAAUUCAGCAUCAUGGACGGUUUCAUUCCAUUUUAAAAAUAGGAUGGCUUGGUGCUUCAGUGAAGAAGAUUCUUUCCUGCGAGUGUUAGAUCUUGGGCCCAAGGAGAAAUCCAUGACAGUGACGGGUUUAAAGAAGGGACCGGCCAAACAUUUGCUUACGUCAAAUGCUGAGACAAGAGCCAAACUAAGGGCUAUGGCUGCCAUGGCUGACCUCGAUGAGGUAAUGUGGGCACGAAUAGAGGCACUUGCCAGCCAGUGGACAGACGUGAAGCCGAUGAAGCAGACUGCCUUCACACACUUUGUUACCUUGGAUGACAACAGUAAGGGGAGGUUGCUGACGGUAUGGGAGAAAUUAGGAGUCAAAAGUUAUCAGAAAGAGCUGAACAGACUCACGGCAAGAAAGAUGAAAGCUGCAGUAACACCAAACACACAAGAUGAGAAAACGGGCAAUACUGACAAUGAGAAUGAUGAUUGCAAUACAGCUACAAAUGGUUCAGAUGAACGUACGCACAGCUUAACUCAAGAGGAGUUUGACAGAUCGAAGGAAGAGAACAAGAAUAAAGAUAUCAGGGUGAGAAAGUUGCAAGAAGAAAAUCAGCAAUUAAAGAUUGACAAUAAGGAUCACCUUAAAACAAUAGAAAAACUAAGAGAUGAAGUAAAAAAGUAUGCAGUAAUGGCCGCUAAUCAUAAGGCUCACUCUGGUGAGAACGAAAGUCAGCAGAAAAAAUCCAGUAGGACUGCUAAGUUCUCUGUUGGUGAAAAAGUUUGGGCAUUGUAUAAGGAUGGACAUUCCUACAAGGCCAGGAUUAUAAGGAUUAACAAAAAUUCCUACAGGGUGAAGUAUAUUCAAGAUGGAGUGGUCCAUGAUGUGGAUGGUGAAGGACUCGUUACUUAUGGUUGAAUUACCAGAAAUUUUCAUCUUAUGAACACAAUAGAGAUGUUAGAUCUUAAUCAAACUUGCACUUGUAUCAAUCCUUACGAGAACCAGUCAGAUUCCAUAUUACAAAAUCCUAUGAACUGAUUUUAUGUCAAUUAAACUCCCUCUGUUUCAAAUUAAAAUAGGUUUGUCCCAGUAACUAAUGAAGAUGCUGAUUUGAAAACUAUCAGGGAGAGAUAAUUAACUAUUACAAAUAACCUCACUUUAUUUUUAUGUUUUAUAUAUAUUGCAUGCAUGACCAUCUUGUUUUUCUGUGCUAGCAUCUUUUAUACUUUGUAAUACCAUUUUGUAAUUUCAUCCAGUUUUGUGAGGCAUAGUUUUAUUUGAUUUUUGAACUGGUUGUGACUUUGGGUAGAUUGACGGGGGCAGUCUGUCGCGUCAAUUACCUCCCUUUGUUUCAAAUUAAAAUACUAGGUUUAUUUCAGUAAGUAAUAAAGAUGUUUUGAAAUUUGAUUUAUACCCUGGGAUGGACUCGGACAAUCAGGGUACAUAACUAUGGACUAAUUUUUGUCAGAUUACCUCCCUUUGUUUCAAAUUAAAAUGGAUAUAUCUCAGUAGCUAAUGAAGAUACUGAUGUGGAAAUUCAUUAAUGAUGAAAGAUGGGCUCAGACAAUCAGGAAAGAUAACUGUUGACAAAUUACCUCCCUUUAUUUUUAUAUUGCAUAUAUUGCAUGGCCCUCUUGUUUACUGACCUAGCUUCAUAACUACUUUGUAAUACCAUUUUAUGACUUUAUCCAGUUCAUGAAAUUCAUCCAUUUGAUUUGGUUUUUAAUAUAAAGAUGAACAUGAUUUAAAUUGUAUGCAUUUAUCCUGUCAUGUAUUGUCAUUUUAUUAAAAAUAUGAUAUAAUUGGUAUCAUGCUCUUGGUUUAAUUAUUGAACGGAUCAGUUUAAGUCAUGUGUGGCCCCUGAAAGUUUUAAUAUCCCCGCCGAUGAAAUUGGGAGAGGGGUAUUGAAAUGGCAUUGUUUGUCCAUCAGUCAGUCCGUCUGUCCGCAGCCAUUUCUCAGUAAACUAGAAGGUAGAAUUUCAGGAAACUUAAAUUAAACAUGAACCAACAUACUGCGAUGAUGCCCAUCAAGGUUUUUAUCGGAUUGGUCAAUUUCCCUUAGAGUUUUUGCCCUUGAUUUAAUGAAAAAUCCACGUCUGCAGCCAUUUCUCAGUAACAAGCUGGUAGAAUUUCAUAAAACUAGAAAUAAAUAUAAAACAUACUUCAAUGAUGCCUGUCUUUUUUUUUUCAAUUGGUCAAUUUUCCAUAGAGUUAUUGCCCUUUAAUUGAAUGUUUAAAAAUCUACAGAUUUGUGCAUAACAAACCAACCCAUUGGUAGAAUUUCAUUAAACUUCUUUCAUUCUUUUCCAUGAACAUUUAGUAUAAACAUCUGAAGUUUUGUACCCGCACCUGGCCACCACCUUACCUUGAUCACAUCCCCUCCCCCUGCCCCUCCCAUCCACCCUCAAAUUAUUUUUUUUUAUUAUUUUAUUUUCAAACGUUCCAUGAAUAUUUAUUAGCAUGCAAAGUUGUACUGUUCGCCAACCUCACUCUCGGUCUUGCCCAGCACCCUGAUAAUGCAUCAACAUCCCCCACCCUUUUUUUAAACUUUUGUGAUCACCCUUCGUCCGUCUCAGACCGUCCAUCCGUGUGUGCGUCCGUCAACAAUUUCUUGUCUGCACGAUAGUGGUUUCAUUUAUGAUUUUAUUUUAACCAAACUUGCACACAACUUGUAUCACUAAGAUCUCGGUUCCUUUCUUGAACUGGCCAGAUCCCGUUAUGGGUUCCAGAGUUAUGGCCCCUGAAAGGGCCAGUAUUAGCUAUUUUGACCUUGUCUGCACAAUAGCAGCUUUAGUUAUGAUUUGAUUUUAACCAAACUGGCACACAACUUGUAUCACCAUAAGAUCUUGGAUCCUUUCUUGAACUGGCCAGAUUCCUUUAUGGGUUCCAGAGUUAUGGCCCCUGAAAGGACCAGAAUUAGCUAUUUUGACCUUGUCUGCACAGUAGCAGCUUCAUUUAUGAUUUGAUUUUAACCAAACUUGCACACAACUUGUAUCACUAUAAGAUCUUGGUUCCUUUCUUGAACAGGCGAGAUUCCUUUAUGGGUUCCAGAGUUAUGGCCCCUGAAAGGGCCAGAAUUAGCUAUUUUGACCUUGUCUGCACAAUAGCAGCUUCAUUUAUGAUUUGAAUUUAAUCAAACUUGCACAAAACUUGUGUCACCAUAAGAUCUUGAUUCCUUAGUUGAACCGGCCAGAUCCCAUUAUGGGUUCUAGAGUUAUGGCCCCUAAAAGGGCCAAAAUUAGCUAUUUUGACCUUGUCUGCACAAUAGCAGCUUCAUUUAUGAUUUGAAUUUAAUCAAACUUGCACAAAACUUGUAUCACCACAAGAUCUUGGUUCCUUUCUUGAACUGGCCAGAUUUCAUCAUGGGUUCCAGAGUUAUGGCCCCUUAAAGGUCCAAAAUUGUCUAUUUUGGCUUUUGCAGCCAUGUAGAGACUUCAUUUAUGGUUUUAUUUGAUACAAACUUGCAAAAUAACUUCAACAACAAAAAUUCUUGGAUUCCAUGACAAAUCAGAUCCAAGCGUAGGUUCAGAGUUAUUUUAUAUCUGAUAACCUCUCCUGAUAGUAAUCAAAAUGGAUUUAUAUCAGUAGGUACUUAUAGGACUUAUUUGAAAUUUCAUUAUUGUCAUUAGUUGCAAUGAGCCAAUUAGGGUAGAUAACUAUGGAUUUAUUUUUAUGUCAAAUUA